AGGACACAACUCAUUGUCUAAUCUCUACAUUAGUGGGUUGUGCAAGAAAAAACCACCUUAUUUUUACUGUCACAUAUACAUACACACAUAUAUCUCUCUAUUUCUAGGUUCUGCUUGUUGGUUCUAUCCGAAAACUGGGUCCACAAACAUCGCACUUUAUGCCCCUUUCUCCAUUUUAGUGGACAUUAAUACUCCAUUUUGUGAAGAAUCAUUUACUUUCUUUCCUUGCUUUCUUUUCUUAUUUGGAUUUUGGUGACUAGUGAGCCUAAUACUCGUUCUUGUGGUGUGUGUCUGCUAUUUUUCUUGGAUUUUUUCCACCCAGAAACGAAAAAGAUCUGGUUUUGACAUCUGGGUUGCUGUUUGUUUUGUGAUUUGCUAGCGGGUUUUGCUUUUCUUGGAUUGAUCUUGCCUAAAGUUUGGUUUUUUCAAGUGGGUUUGUGUUGGAUUUCAAGAAUUCGAUUGGAUCGAAUUGGAUGUCUGUGGUUGUGAAAUUGAGUAUCUUGAAGUUUGUUGGUGCCAGUGGUUUGUGAUGAAGACCUAGGUUAUGGAUUCGUGGUGAAUUUUUCGAUAUAGUUGGUUUUCUUGGCUGAGGUUUCUGUUGAUUCUGUGUGUAAAGAGAAGAUGAAGAGAGGUAAAGAUGACGACAAAAGUGUGGAGCCUAUGUUCCCUAGGCUUCAUGUGAAUGAUACAGAGAGAGGAGGGCCAAGAGCACCUCCAAGGAACAAGAUGGCACUUUAUGAGCAGCUCAGUAUUCCUUCUCAGAGAUUCAAUUCCGGGAUGUUGCCCAAUAACCCUAACAGUAGUAACAGUUUGAACCCUCCUUCAUCAAGCCAGGGGAGUGGACAUGAACGGGCCAUGUUGUUUCCUCGUCAGCUACCUUCUUCAGUGCAUCGAGUUGAGGAGCUAAAUCGAAAUUUUGGCCCAUCAGUGGAGCAGACAGGGACAAAAAGGAGGCAAGAAGAUGAUUUUACAGUUCCUAUUUUUUCCCAACCCAACAUGACUCAGGAUCCUUGCGUAAACAAUAAUGGUAUGGAUAGAAACAGACCGUCUCCCUUCAGUAAUUUUCAGAAAACCUGUGAGAAAGGGUCAAAACAACUCGACACAUCAAGGGUUAACCGGAGACAGGAAGAUAAUAGGGGAAGUGAAGGAAAAUCAAAUGAGUUGGUAGAGCUUAGGGCGAAUUUAAAAUAUUCUAAUCCAAAUCAAUCAUGCAGAGAAAGAUCUGAAAGCCCCCCGAAGCAAUUCAGUGUCUCUUCAACUUUUAAGCACAGCGAUCAUCCUACUCACUUGUCAAACAGAUUGAACAAUGGUCAUGAUAGUCUACAGCCUGACUAUAGAGAGGAGUCCCAGACAAUGAAAACUGGAUGGGGAGCUGGUGUCUCACUCAAUCAUUCUAGGGGAAUAGGUUACAGGGACUCUUCUAUCUAUACGGGUGACCUUCAGCAUAACAAGCAGAGAAGUCCCAGUAUUCCUACUAAUGAUGCUGAGUCGCGUGAAGAUGCUCGUAGAUCAGUACAUACAGAACCUCUUGACAUAGGUGAUGAUGUAUCUGAAAAUUCAAUGGUUGAUUCUAUGUCUGGCACAGAUUUGUGCCCUGAUGAUGUCGUAGGUAUAAUAGGCCAGAAGCACUUUUGGAAAGCAAGACGAGCUAUUGUCAAUCAGCAAAGGGUAUUUGCAGUUCAAGUAUUUGAGUUGCACCGAUUGAUAAAGGUGCAGAAGUUGAUUGCAGAAUCACCUCAUAUUUUGCUUGAAGAUGCCUUUAUAGGAAAACAUCUAAAGGGCUCAUCUGAAAAGAAGAACACCUCCGACUGUAUUGUAAAAACUACUCCCAAGACUAUCAGGCACAAUGAUGUUUCAGAGAAACCAGACAACAGGUUGGAGAGCUCUGCUGAGAAUGCUGUUGAGAAGACAUCUAUCUCACUUUUGGAAAAAGAUAGUCAGCCUCUUAACUAUGGUUCUUUUUCGGGAAAUCCACCUCCAAUACCUGCAAUGUCAGAUACAAACAUGAGCCCUUGGGGUUUUAAUCAGCCAUCUGGCCACCAGUGGUUAAUUCCAGUAAUGACUCCCACUGAAGGACUCGUGUACAAGCCAUAUCCAGCACCUGGAUUCGUGAAUCCAACUUAUGGGCCUCAAGGUUCAACUCCAGUGAUGGGUAACUAUCCGAAUUAUGGGCUUCCAGCUCCUCAGUAUCCAUAUCAAGGACUUGGGCCUGCCUCUUUUCCUCAUCCAUCUGGUCAUGGCUACUUUCCCCCAUUUGGCAUGCCCGUAAUGCAUCCACCCUUCGCUGGCCCUAUGGAAAACAUGGAACACUUUAACGUGCAAAACCAGGCCUCAUGUAAUGUGCCAAGUCAAAAGAAUGUAGACAUUCCAAAAGUUGUGAAGUUAAAUCCAUCAAAAACCACCGAGGUGCAGCUAAGUACAGCAAGUAGUCCAAGCGAGAGAAAGCAAAAAUCAAGGUCAGCUCAAACUGCAGAAAAGACAGCUCACACUGAAGAAAGAAGCAGUGAUGCACUCCCUCUUUUCCCCACAUCUCCAGUAGUAAAUCAGGUAGCAAAUGCAGGCACUGACCGUCCAACUCGUGUGAUCAAAGUUGUUCCCCACAAUGCCAGAUCAGCCACUGAAUCGGUUGCUCGGAUUUUCCAGUCUAUACAAGAAGAAAGGAGGCAUCAUGACGGUGCGUAACGUUUACCUAUGGAUACCAAUGGUUGAUAACCAUCACUAUGGGGGUGUGAUACUCCCAACUAUUUUGCUGCUUUGUCGUUUUCAUUAUACUUUGUCGUGUAAGAAGGUUUUGUCAGAGUACUUAUGAUGCUAUAUAGAUCUAUACUUGUAAUGUUGUAUGUCAACUCUGUUAAGUUAUGCAUGAUACCUGCCCUUAUACUAUAUAGGGAACAGUCUUGUAUCUAUAUGUUAACUCUAUUAUGGAAAAUAGAGAUAUUUCAGUGUAAUAACAUUUUGAAUGUAAGAUAGGAGACACUUUCAUGGUGGAC